AUGGGGUGUGUGAUUAGCAGGGAGGUGUCGAAGGGGAUAAUCUCUGAGGUGAAGGAGGAGAAGAGUUUGAGUGGUGAGAGUAAGAGGAAGGUUGAUGGAGUGUCAGGGAGCAAGGGUGGGGUUGUGGUAGAGGUUCAGAAUGGUGGGGAGAAGGAGAAGGAGAAGGAGAAGGAGAAGGGUGGUGGUGAAGGGGUACAACGGCCUCGAGGCGAAAGGAGGAGAUCGAAGGCGAAUCCGAGGCUGAGCAAUCUGCCGAAGCAGUUGCGGGGGGAGCAGGUUGCUGCUGGAUGGCCGCCGUGGCUCACUGCUGUGUGUGGGGAAGCACUCAGUGGCUGGAUUCCGCGAAAGGCAGACACCUUUGAGAAAAUUGAUAAGAUCGGGCAAGGAACUUAUAGUAAUGUGUACAAAGCUAAAGACACAAUGACGGGGAAAAUCGUUGCCCUAAAGAAGGUUCGUUUUGACAAUUUGGAACCUGAGAGUGUAAAAUUCAUGGCAAGAGAGAUUCUUAUUUUGCGAAGGUUGGACCAUCCCAAUGUUGUAAAGUUGCAAGGUUUAGUUACGUCAAGGAUGUCCUGUAGUUUAUAUUUGGUGUUCGAUUACAUGGAUCAUGAUUUGGCUGGACUUGCUGCAAGCCCAGGAAUCAGGUUCACAGAGGCUCAGGUAAAAUGUUACAUGCAUCAGCUGCUCUCAGGACUUGAGCACUGUCAUAACCGUCAUGUACUUCACCGUGAUAUUAAAGGGUCAAAUCUUCUUAUUGACAAUGAAGGAACACUUAAGAUUGCAGACUUUGGACUGGCUUCUAUUUUUGAUCCAAACCAUAAACAUCCUAUGACUAGUCGUGUAGUAACCCUUUGGUAUCGACCUCCUGAGUUGCUCCUUGGUGCGACGGAUUAUAGUGUGGGUGUAGACCUAUGGAGUGCUGGAUGUAUUUUGGGAGAGUUAUUGGCUGGGAAGCCAAUCAUGCCUGGUCGUACAGAGGUGGAACAACUGCACAAGAUAUACAAACUAUGUGGUUCACCUUCCGAUGAGUAUUGGAAGAAGUCAAAGUUGCCUAAUGCUACCUUGUUUAAACCACGAGAGCCAUACAAGAGGCGCAUAAGAGAGACAUUUAAAGAUUUUUCACCUUCUGCUCUACCCCUCAUUGAUACACUUCUCGCAAUUGAUCCUGUAGAACGGGAAACUGCCUCAGAUGCUUUGAGAAGUGAGUUCUUUACCACAGAACCUUAUGCUUGCGAUCCUUCUAGUCUUCCAAAAUAUCCCCCAAGCAAGGAAAUGGAUGCUAAACGAAGGGAUGAUGAAAUGAGGAGACUAAGAGCUACAGGCAAAGCUCAGGUUGAUGGUCCAAAGAAGCAUCGUACUCGUGAUCGUGCUACAAAAGCUUUUCCUGCUCCUGAAGCCAAUGCUGAGCUUCAAUCGAAUAUUGAUAGAAGACGACUAAUUACUCAUGCAAAUGCCAAGAGCAAGAGUGAAAAGUUUCCUCCACCGCAUCAAGAUGGACAACUUGGUUUUCCUCUGGGUUCUUCACAUCAUAUUGAUCCAGAUACUGUUCCCGCUGAUGUCUCUUUUUCAUCAACCUCUUAUACCUAUUCAAAGGAACCAUUCCAAGCUUGGUCUGGUCCCAUUGGUAAUGCUGCUGACAUUGGAAUGCCAAAGCGGAAGAAACACACUGAUGCUUUGGAUUUAUCAAAACCACAGAAGGAUGCUCUCAAGGACAAGGUUAAAGGAAAGAAAAUCAUAGCUUAG